AUGUCUGAUACCAUUGCCGAGCACGGAUGGACUGCUGUCCCCGUGGACGCUGAGGCAAUCUUCAACGGCAAACCAUACCUUCACAAACCCGGCCCAGCCAGUGUCAAGGACUUUCCUUUCCCAUCUGACGACCCCAUCGUGGCUAAAACCCAAGCUUAUGCCAAAGAACACCUACCGCAGCAGACCUACAACCACUCCAUGCGCGUCUUUUACUGGGCAUCCAUCAUCCAAGCCCAGCAGUUUUCCUCACUCACCAAAAUCCCUCCCAUCUCCCCAUCCACCAUCGCCCUGACCGCCCUGCUCCACGAUCUCGGCACCGCCCCAGCCUUUCUCACCACCACCCACCUCUCCUUCGAAUUCCGCGGCGCCAUCGCCGCCCACGCUUUCCUCUCCUCCACCCCGCACGCCGCACCCGUCCCGCAAACCGAAGCCGUGGUCGAGGCCAUCAUCCGGCACCAAGACCUCGGCACCACGGGUGCCAUCACCUGGCUGGGCCAGUUGAUCCAGCUGGCCACGGUGUACGACAACCUGGGGGCACGGCCGUACUUGGUGCAUGAGACGACGCGGGGGGAGGUGAAUGAGGCGUUUAAGAGGGAAGGGUGGUCCGGGUGCUUUGCUCGCACGAUUCGGGAGGAGGUGAAGGCUAAGCCGUGGGCGCAUUCGACUCAUCUGGGAGGUAUGGAUGGGGAAGGGUUUGCGAAUGCGGUCGAGGGAAAUAUACUCAUGGAGAGUUAUGAGUGA